GCCGCCCAUCGACAACCCUAGCCCGGGGGUUCCGGCCUCGGCCCGUCCGCGGUCCCUCGCGCCCCGCCCCUGCCCCCGUUGGUCGGCCCGGCCGCCGCCAUGGAUCUGGCCAGCCUGACCCUGGUGCUGCGCUCCGCGCUCAGCCACUCCCCCGAGGAGCGCAAGGCCGCCGAGGCCAGCCUCAACCAGAUUCAGUACGCGCAGCAACAUCUGGUGAGGCUGCUGCAGAUCAUCGUCGAUGGGAAUUGUGAUCUGGCUGUGAGGCAGGUCGCGAGCAUUCACUUCAAGAACUUUGUUUCCAAAGCCUGGUCACCUCUUGAUCCUGAAGAAACGCAAACAAUUCCAGAAGCUGACAAGUCCAUGGUCCGUGAGAACAUUCUGGGCUUUGUUACUCAAUUGCCUCCACUGCUAAGAGCACAGCUUGGAGAAAGCAUCAAGACCUUGGUCCUUUCGGAUUAUCCUGAGCAGUGGCCUAGUCUUCUACAUUGGGUUACACAUAACCUGGAAUCACAGGAUCAAAUUUUUGGAGCACUUUAUGUGCUAAGGAUCCUUUCCCGGAAAUAUGAGUUCAAGUCAGACGAGGAAAGGCUACCUUUGUAUCAAAUUGUCGAGGAGUGUUUUCCUCGCUUGUUAAAUAUAUUCAACACACUUGUCCAGAUUGCCAAUCCUCCAAUUGAAGUAGCUGACUUGAUCAAGCUGAUCUGCAAAAUAUUCUGGUCCUCGAUUUAUCUCGAAAUUCCAAAGCAAUUGUUUGAACCAAAUAUCUUCAAUGCAUGGAUUCUUCUAUUCUUGAACUUGUUGGAAAGGCCAGUUCCGUUGGAAGGGCAACCAUCGGAUCCUGAUGCUAGGAAAGCUUGGGGCUGGUGGAAAGUCAAGAAAUGGAUUACGCAUAUCUUGAACCGUCUAUACAGUCGGUUUGCUGAUAUGAAGGUUCAUAAGCCAGAGAGCAAAGCUUUUGCUCAAAUGUUUCAAAAGAACUAUGCUGGAAGAAUUUUGGGAUGUCACUUACAGUUGCUCAAUGCAAUCCGCACUGGUGGUUAUUUGCCCGAUAGGGUUAUCAAUCUUAUUCUUCAAUAUCUCACGAACAGUAUCACGAAAAACAGCAUGUAUCAGCUGAUGCAACCACAAAUGGACAUAAUUCUUUUCGAGAUAAUAUUUCCACUGAUGUGCUUCAGUGACAAUGACCAAAUGUUAUGGGAUGAAGAUCCACAUGAAUAUAUUCGGAAAGGCUAUGAUAUAAUUGAAGAUUUGUAUAGUCCGCGAACAGCUGCUAUGGAUUUUGUCAGCGAAUUGGUAAGAAAGCGGGGAAAAGCCAACCUACAAAAGUUUAUCCAAUUUAUUGUGGGAAUAUUCAUGAGGUAUGAUGAGGCAUCUGUUGAAGUGAAGCCAUACCGCCAAAAAGAUGGUGCACUUCUUGCCAUUGGGACAUUAUGUGAUAGACUGAAACAAACUGAUCCAUAUAAAGCUGAACUUGAGCGUAUGCUAGUUCAACAUGUCUUUCCAGAGUUCAGUAGUCAAGUUGGACACUUACGUGCAAAGGCAGCAUGGGUUGCAGGGCAGUAUGCAAGCAUCAACUUCUCGGACCAAGACAAUUUUCGCAAAGCUAUGCAUUGUGUUAUCUCUGGUUUGCGUGAUCCAGAACUUCCUGUCAGAGUUGAUUCAGUCUUUGCUCUCCGUUCUUUCGUUGAAGCAUGCAAAGAUCUCGAUGAGAUCCGUCCAAUUCUUCCUCAGCUUCUUGAUGAAUUUUUUAAGCUCAUGGGUGAAGUUGAGAAUGAGGACCUUGUUUUUACCCUUGAGACAAUUGUUGAUAGAUUUGGUGAAGAGAUGGCACCUUAUGCUCUUGGACUGUGCCAGAGUUUGGCUGCUGCCUUCUGGCGAUGCAUGGCUAGUUCAGAAGCUGAUGAUGAAGUCGAGGACUCUGGUGCUUUGGCUGCUGUUGGGUGCUUACGUGCUAUAAGCACUAUCCUUGAGUCCAUCAGCAGUCUUCCCCACCUUUUUAUCCAAAUAGAGCCCACUUUGUUGCCUAUUUUACGAAGGAUGUUGACUUCAGAUGGUCAAGAUGUUUAUGAAGAAGUUCUAGAAAUAGUGUCCUACAUGACCUUUUAUUCACCAACGAUUUCUUUGGACAUGUGGAGCUUGUGGCCAUUGAUGAUGGAAGCUCUUAAUGAUUGGGCAAUCGAUUUCUUUGAGAAUAUUCUUGUCCCACUAGACAAUUACAUUUCUCGUGGUACUGAUCAUUUUGUUACCUGCAAAGAGCCUGAUUAUCAACAAAGCCUAUGGAAAGGACUAUCAUCUGUUAUGACAGACCAAAACAUGGAAGAUUCUGAUAUCUUGCCGGCACCCAAGCUCAUUGAAGUAUUUUUUCAAAAUUGCAAAGGUCAAGUCGAUCAUUGGGUUGAGCCUUAUCUCAGGCUUACGAUUGAUAGGCUCCGUCGAGCAGAGAAGCCAUAUCUGAAAUGUCUUCUUGUUCAAGUGAUAGCUAACGCGUUCUACUACAAUCCUUCGUUCACACUUGCCAUAUUGCAUAAACUUGGAGUUGCAACAGAAAUUUUCAACCUUUGGUUUGUCAUGUUACAACAAGUAAAAAAAAGCGGCCAGCGGGCGAACUUUAAAAAAGAGCAUGGUAAGAAAGUCUGCUGCUUAGGAUUGACUUCACUUAUUGGCCUUCCAGCUAAUCAAAUUCCGGCAGAGGCUCUAGAGCGUGUUUUCAAGGCAACACUAGAGCUGCUUGUCGCCUACAAGGAUCAAGUUGCAGAAUCCAAGACGCAAAAUGAGGAUACUGAUGUGGAUGAAUUUGAUGCUGAUGAAGAAGAGGAUGAGGAGGACGAGGAUGAUAAGGAGAUGGGUGCUGAUGAUGAGGAUCAGGAUGAAGUAAAUAGUCUUAAUAUACAGAGACUAGUACAGGCAAGAGGUUUCCAGCUCCAUGACGAUGACGACGACGAUGAUUCUGAUGAGGAUUAUAGCGAUAACGAGGAGCUGCAAACACCAAUAGAUGAGGUGGAUCCAUUUAUCUUCUUUAUUGAGACCAUCCAAGCCGUACAAGCAUCCGAUCUGGCCAGGUUCCAGAACCUUAUGCAGACUCUGGACUUCCACUACCAGGCACUUGCUAGUGGUGUAGCUCAACAUGCCGAGGAAAGAAAAGUUGCAAUCGAGAAAGAGAAGUUGGAGAAAGCAAAUGCACAGUGAUGAGUUAUAGCAUGUCUUCAGUUUUGUUGCAGGCCAGUAUCUUCUGAUUUGGUGAUCGUAGGCACUGAGCUUGGCAGCAGCUUUGGUCUAUUCUUGCAAUUGAGGCGGACGACAGAACCAUCGGGGAUAAUCUCUUGCCGGUAUUGGCUUCUUUAGUGGAUCGUGGUGUGAGCUACCUACGGAUUCUACACACUUGUUACAAUGCUAUUUUGGUCCUGGGCCUCAUCUCCCUUUCGUUGAUGAAUAUUUGUUGAUGAGCCCUGUGGUGUGGGCGCAUCCUCAAGUCAACAUGUAGUCUAGGAAGGUCCGUUGUAGAGAGUGUAUAUGAUUGGGUGGUUAUUGGUGGAUCACCGAUAUGAUGGUUUUUGUCGCUGCAGGGUUUAGCGAAUGCCAUUUUUGUCCGAACGAUUUGUUAAACAUUACUGGUGCAUGUCUAUCAUGCGACAGGGUCCUGGUGGAAUAAACUUUGCAUGCAUGUGGUAAGGGUAACCUGGAUUUGGUUAUCACUACAUGCAAUUCAGCAUGUUGUGAAA